CACCACUUUUUGAAUCAGCAGUUGGCAUUGGCUGCCUAGGAGAGACUCUUGAGCAAUCGAACAGCAUUGAAGAAAUUCUUCUGGAGAAGAUUGGGUUCAAUCAGACGGCAGGUGCUCUUGUCCGCAAGUUUUGGUUUUGCUUUUGCCGCAGCAAUGCAGUCCUCUCUUGCAAUCGUCAGCCCUGCGUCAUUGGUGGCUCCCGCGUUUGCUGCACUGCAAGUUGGAAAUACCCAUCAAAGUGUUUAUCAUGAAAGCAUUUGGCGUUUUGGCAACACCGAGGCAACCAUCAGAGGGGAUGCUGCGGGGCUGAGGAGUGGUGGUAUAUAUUCGCCAGUGCAUAAACCUUGCUCAAAGUCUUGGGAAAUGCCAGAAAGCCUAAGAUGCAGACAUCAGAUCAUCAGAGGCAAGGGGCGAAAGAGCUCUGCUAUGCGACACCGCUGGAGGACGCAAGCAGGCGUUGCUGCUGAAACAGCUGCGAGUGUUGCAGAGCCGACAACAGAAGAAGCCACAGUCUCAGGCGACGACCAGGGAGAGGAGGAUGUGGGGAGCGGAGGAGACCCCGAGCAUCUCAUCAUCGAGGACGAGUUCCUGGACAGCGCUGAGGAGCUGCGGGAGCACUUUGACAGCAGAUUCGCCGAGCCGCGCCAAAUACGCAUGGACCGCUUUGUGUGGGACUACUGGCAUGUGCCCAACCAGUACACGUUGAUCCGGACGCCCGCAGAGGACUUCUUCCCGCGGACGUUGUACGAAAGUCUUGAGGACGCGCUGCUCUCGUACGGGGAGAACAAGCUCGGCUGCCGCAGCAUCUCGCCCGUCUGGCUGUCCUACUACGUCGACGGCUGCUCCCAGGAGCUACACGCGGACAACCCGCACGGCCCGUGGGCCUUCGUGCUGUCGCUGACGGACUGGGAGCGCCGGCGGUUCUCCGGGGGAGAAACGAUGAUUCUGCAGCCCCACGUGCUGGACUACUGGCGGGGGUUCGAGGCGCGGCGGGGGAUGGAGCUAGAAGAUCUGGUGACUCAGGUUGAACCCGACUUCAACCGGUUGACCGUGUUCGACCCGCGGCUGCCCCACGGGGUGCGCCCGGUUCGUGGCACGCAGGACCCCCGGGAGGCGCGCCUCGUGCUGCACGGCUGGUUCACCGAGCCGACGCCCUUCUUCACCGGGGCGCUGGAGGAGCACGAGGCGGUGGCCUCGCUGAACGCGGCGCUGGAGCCGCUCUUCGAAGAGGUCGCCACCUUCUCUCCGUCUACUGGCACGACCACCGUCCGGCUCACCAUCUCCGGUUCUACCGGGGCGGUCACCGACCUGGAAUGGCUCACGGACACGCUGAUUGAGGUGCCCGGGGGAGACGAACCGGGCGCUGUUCGGGAUCAGGUCCAGCGGACGAUCGUGCGGCAUCUGGGCGGGGCAACGUUUCCGACGAGCGACAAAGGCGACACGUAUUUGACUAUGCCGUUCGUAUUUGACUGACAUGGUAGGCGCUUCAGAGCGAACCUCAUUAUUCUUGGGGUAGAAACCUGGACAACAGAAGCUGUCCGGCAGCCAAUCUAGGAGAUGAGAACAACAAAUAUAUGUAGUCUAACCGCAAAGUGUUCGGGCAGUGCGAGUUGCAAGGGGUGCGAAAGCAGGCACCAGUCUUCAAAAGUCGAGCACCAUGCCUAGGUUGUGUCCCAUAGCAAAGCAAACGCACGAGCGGUAGUACAACAGAAAUUGAGGUUUAUGAGUGGCAGUGAGAUCAGUUCUGAAAAACACCCAUCCGUUUCAUGGUAAAUGGCGUCCACCACAUUUCCUUAACAAAGACCAGUGGUUACAAAGAAAUAGGCUUGUGCAAUCCAAUGCGGUGUGAUACUAGCAAGUGAUACAUGAUUCGCAUUUGAUAAGCCCGAUGAAAAGC